GCAUCUUCCCAGUUUCUGUUGCCUGUGAACUUGGGUCAACGUCUUGUCUCAUUGAUAUAAAGAGAUUAAUAAUGCCAUUUCUGGAUAAAAUCUAAGGAGUCGCUUUGGAGGUUGAAGGUGGAACAUAAAGCAAUGCAGUUUGUUUGCUAGUUAUAUUAGUCAAUCGUUUGGUGGUUAGGUAAUGUACUAGGUUAGCACAGCGGCCCUAAGAUGUUCCCUUUCUUGACCAGAACAAUCAACAAUCGAUAGACAAUCCGAAAUGCAUCAUGAAUCAUCUAACUAAUCAGACCAAGGAGUGUGCCGAUUGCUACAUACUUACAUACCAGGAGUCACCGUAUUGGGACUUUCUUCAGUUGCAGCAGUUCUUGUCGCCUUUCAUAAAUAUGGAGAUGUCAUCAAUAUUAUACUGGCUCCAGUCUGUGGGCACAAAACCAGCCUUCAAACCAUCGUCUCAGCAACUAAGGAUCGCAAAACUCUGCGCUGACCAGAAUGUCGUGGUAUCAGCAAGACCCGGAUCAGGCAAAACCGCCACCAUAGAAGCUAUUGCGGCUGCACACCCUGAUAAAAUAAUUGGCAGUAUUCUCUUCUCAAAGAGACUUCAGAGUGAAACAUCUCAUCGUCUGAACAAGUACCACAAUAGCGAUGUGUACACUUUCCAUGGCAUGGCGGGUGUCCUCCUUGGACAAGUGGUUCCGAGUGAUGGAGCACUCAUCAAGCUCUUGGAGAAUAUCGAUAAGUGCAGCAAACUUCCACGAUGGACCUCAACACCUUUCGACAUCAUUGUACCGGACGAGUUUCAGGACUGCAAUCCAGAAACCUUCUGGCUAGUCGAGUGCUUUGUCCGGGCCAACAACCUUGGGAAAGGAGGCCAGCCUACGCGCAUAGUCGUCCUCGGCGACGAGCGCCAAUCGAUAUACCGCUUUCGCGGUGCUGACCCUCGCUAUCUGACUCUGGCCCCUGAGGUGCUAGGCCCAAUCAGUCCCUAUCCCUUUGCAGAAGUUCAGUUAGGCAACAGUUUCAGGCUGUCCUCAUCGACUGUCCAGUUCAUCAACCGUGUCUUCCUCGGUGGAGAGCAUUUGGCAUUGGCUAGAGCGAUUUCCCCCCUAGUAAAACGUUACAAGCCUGAGAACUGCGUGAUAAUAGCACCCUCCGUUCGUACGAGAGGACCGUUGCAAGCACUUACAAAUGCAUUGACUCAGGUCUAUGAUUUGCCGAUACAUGUACCUCCUGAUGAGGAAACACCUCUCAACGACAAGGUGAUCAAUGGAAAGUUGUGCAUCUCUACGAUACAUCAGUUCAAGGGUCGAGAGCGUAAACUUGUCAUUCUUCUUGGCAUCGAUGCCUCCUAUUUCGAGUUCUUCGGCCGCGACUUGCCAGAUGACAGCUGUCCCAACGAAGCUUUUGUGGCUCUAACGCGCUCUCUGCAACAACUCGAAUUGGUCCACAAUGAUGAGAGUAAGAUGAUGCCUUGUGUGUCCCUCGAUUCUCUGUACGACACCGCCAAGAUAUUGGGGCUUAUGCUUCCAAAAUCUUGCGGAGCCCGUGAAAUAACGCGGUAUGUCCAGGGCGAUGCUCUUGAUAAAAUUGUCGAGCGCCAUCUUCAUGUAGACAGGAUAGCGCCUCCUCUCCCUCGCCAUGAACACAUCAACAUAAGAAAUGUGAUACCCUCGGAUCUAAAAAGGGGGUUCUAUGAGUCUGUUAGCGACAUCAAUGGCCUUGUUAUUGCCGCAGCUCUGGAACUAGCAACAGCCGGAACAUUAAGGUCACUAGGACGACCAAGUAAAGGAGAGGUUGAUGAAACUUUGUCAAAAUGCCCCGAGAAGCUUGUUGCUUGGCUUUGCCGGAAAGCUUGCGAGUAUGAAGCGAGUCUCUCGGGCUAUCUACCGCGCGUGAUUCAGAUGAAAGACCACAAGUAUGACUGGAUCAAGCCCGAAGACCCCAGCCUUGCUCGGCGUCGAAUUGAUAGUGAGCUGGUGGGUUCUGCCCGAAAGCUGGAUUUUGAAGUUGAGAUGCAGCAGCAAUUCUAUAUCGAUGGCCAAGAAACUCAACUCUGUGGUCGAGCAGAUAUUGUAAACAAUUCCGCAACCGAGAGCAAUGACGACAUGGAUAAUCGAACAAUAUGGGAGAUCAAGUUCGUCUUAAGCCUUUCCAACGAACAUGUCAUACAUGCUUGCGUUUAUGCCUACUUUUCAGGCUCAGAGUCUGGAAAGUUACCACGCAUCAUACUGUACAAUGUGCGAGAUGGGGACAAGCGCGAGAUCAUACCACGUCAUGGAAUAGAGGAGUUGAGACAACUGAUCACAAGUGUUCUUAGACUUCGAUAUACUUCGAAAGAAGAGAUGACAUACGAAGAAUUCAUCAAACGGUGUGGCAAGACAACGCGGAAGGUGAUGAAUCUCAGUGAUGGGUCAUAG